ACGGCGGCGACGGCGAGGAGACGCUCGUCUUCCAGUCCAGCUGCUCAGCUACCUGAACGGCAUGGUCGCCCCCGGCGCCCUCUCCUCCGUCCGCUGGAACUGGAACUGGAACUGGAAGCAAGCGCCACUCAGCAGGUCAGCUCUCGUCCGUUCUGCCCGCGCCCUGCAGGUGCUUGCGUUUAUUCCCACCAGCACCAGGUUCAUUCCACCGCUGCGACCUACCUAGCUAGCUCGAUUGAUUACCAUGGUCACCAACCAACCACUCAGACUCAGUUGCCGACCGCGUGCACGCACGCUUGUUUGCUUCUCUGGAAUUGCAGCUGUCUCUUUCAUCCUAUUGUCUGUCUUUCUCCCUCGAUCGGCGUGUCCCCAGAAAUUAAGUAAGUAAUGGCCGCCAUACAUCAAGAGGAGAGCUUGAGCCUUGUGAGAGCCAAUUCAAGUAUAUGAUCAACCCGAGCCUAGCUUUGUAACGCUCAGCUUACCAAGCUCAUUCACAUGGCAUGUCCAUGUCCUUGUGCCGACCAGCGCCUUGAAGGCCGCAACGUCACCAGCGCCAGACCCGCAGCCUAGCCUUGUCUUUACCCUUGGAUUUGCUUCACGGGAUGGGAUGCGAUUAGUUUGGUUGAUCACAUCCGGUGGGAGCAAUGCUAUCUUUGGCUCGAGCAGAUUACUCGCCCGUCGGACCUGAACUUGAUCACUCCUUCAGGAGCACCACAACUGAGGCUCCUUCAGUUCACUAGCACUAGUAUAACAGUAAAAGACCUCGAUGCUGAAGGAGGGGUCAUUUGCUUGCUUGUCAAGCAGCCAAACCAAUUGCGAUCCUGGUCUCUCUUGAUCCCGCCCUCUCUCGUAUCAACUCCAGGCAUUGCUGCACAGGUCGAAUGUAUUCCUCUUAAGAAGACCACCGAGCCUCUCCCCAAUACGUACAGACAGAGUAUAUUCUGGAACGACAGGAGUAGCUUUUAGUAUUGGUUAUUACUCCCUCCGUAAAGAAAUAUAAGAGCGUUUACAACACUAAAAUAGUGACCUAAACCCUCUUAUAUUUCUUUACAGAGGUAGUACUAGUUUAUUUGUAGCUCUCCAUUUUUUGAAUCUGUGUGACAAGUGGAGCAAGUAGCCUGAUUAUUACUACUGAAGAACUACUUUUGGCUUUGUGCAGCUGCUUAGUUCUUUCACCUCACACUUGUGCUCUGCAAGCAAAGCAAAUGUACCACGUUGGCUUUGUUUAAUCACUGAUUAAUUAACACUCGCUUACCAAGCUCAUUCACAUGGCUUGUCCUUGUGCCAGCCAGCGCCUUGAAGACCGCAACACCACUGAGUGACGCGAGACCCGCAGCCUAGUCUUGUUUUUACUCUUGGAUGCAUGCUUUGCUUGGGCAGCGAUUAGUUUAGUUGAUGACUUGUACCUGCUGAUCAUCAAUACAGAUUGAGAGACAUCAUAUCGUGGUAAGUAAAGUAAGCAGCUGUUCUUGAGAUGCGCAUACCAUACACAACUCUCUUUAUUAUAUGCGCCAACGUCUACAUAUCGCCAAAUAACUUGCAGCUUUUACUAAGUACUACUCCCUCCGUCCGGAAAUACUCGUCGAAGGAAUGGAUGUAUCUAGAUGUAUUUUAGUUCUAGAUACAUUUAUUUUUAUGCAUUUCUCCGACAAGUAUUUCCGGACGGAGGGAGUACACAUGUUGACAGAGCAAUUGCUUACCAAAGCCUUGGCUUAACUCAUCAAUAGUUCAGAUGACAUUUUCAUAUUUUGCGAAUCGUAUGUCGUAAUGAUUAUAGCACUGGAAACUUCAUUCAAAUACAAAUUUGAUGGCAUGUUUUUUUGUGUGCCGGAUACAAAUUCUGUUGGCCAAACUGAUUUUUGAAUCUCAAAAUACGCAGAAGCCAGUAGACUAGAAGGAGAGGGAGUAGGUUUUUUGUACUUGCGGAUGACAGCCCCUCGUAUAUCUUAUUAAGUGCGUGUGACAAGUGCAGCUUGUCCAGUAAUACUAGUUAAUUAGUACUAGAUCAGAUCUGUCCGAGUGCUAAACACUCACUAACUCACUCUCUCUUUCUCACUGCCGCUCUCCGCCGCUUGCUCUCUUCUCCCUGCCUCCCCCCGUCGCCUCGUCCUCUCCCUCAUCGCCUCGCCCUCUCCCCCGUCGCCACGGCGACGGCAGCUCCCGGAUCUGGACCAGCCGCACCGCACUGCUGCCGCAGAUCACCAGCUAGCUAGGCCUCCCUGUCAGUCGGCCCCCAUCACCGGCAGACCAGUACCUCGUGCGCGCGAGUCAGCGUCGUACAUCCUUGCAUCUGAUGGGAAUGUACGCGGCGCUCCGUGCGGCGCAAUGGGUGGUGGGCAAGGCACUAGCCCCCGUUGCCAAUGGCAUGCUAGGGGCUUGGGCAGCCACCAAGAACUUUGGUCCCAACGUCGAUGCCCUCAGCACAGAGUUGCUGCUCGUGAAGGCCACGCUUGAGCAAGCUGCCUACAAGGAGCUUGGAGGCCCGGCAAUGGAGAUGCUGCUGCAGAAGCUGCAGGACUCAGCGCAGAAUGCUGAAGACUUGUUGGAUGAGCUGGACUACUUUCGCAUCCACGAUGAGCUCCAUGGCACACACGAUGCUGCCGACCAGCACGGCGAAGGUGGCGUGCACAACCUCGCCCUCAAUGCUCGGCACACCGCCAAAGCUGUUGGCAAACUGGUCAACUGUUGCCCUUGGCAGCGUUCUAAGCGCCGACAGAGCUCACACGACGAUUCCUCCUCAGCGCAAGAUGCCAAUCAGGUGGUCAGGGGAUGCAUGCCCAAGCUCGGUAAACUCCUACCUUGCACAUUUUCCCCACAUUCACAUGUUCAUGGUGAUGAUGACGAUCAUGGCAAUGGGCAAGAAACACCAAAACUUGAGUUUAAUAGGGUUGAUUUCUCUCAAAGGAUGAAGGAUACUGUAGGGAAACUGCAGCUUAUGCGUAAUGAGAUUAACAAGAUUUUGCAGGGUUGUAGCCUUAGAACUGUCUCAAAUAUAGCCCAGAGCCGUCCCAUCACCAAAGGUCGAAUUGAUGAGCCAAAAUUGUACGGGAGGGACCGUGUCAUGAAUAGCACCAUACAUGAUAUCACCAAUGGUCAGUACUGUGGCAAGGGGCUAACUGUGCUUCCGGUUGUUGGUCCAGGGGGAGUGGGGAAGACAACUCUGAUACAACACAUAUAUGACAACCAACAAGUGCAGGAUCAUUUUCCAGUCAUGAUUUGGAUAUUUGUGUCCCUCGAUUUCAAUCUGGACAAGGUGCUAGAACAGAUUAAAAGAUCUACCCCUCAAGUUAGAAGUGAAAAAAAGUGCAGUACAACAGAAGAGUUGAUUGAAGAGAGAUUAAAAUCUAAAAGGUUCUUACUUGUCUUGGACGAUAUAUGGCGGAUUAGUAAUGGGGAUGACUGGGGGAAAUUAUUGUCAACACUCAAUCAAUCACAAGAAAAGGGUUGUAUCAUUCUAAUCACAACUCGGUUUCAAUCAAUAGCACAGAAUGUUAAAACAACUGCCGAGUCAAUAGAACUGGGUGGUUUAGAAUCUAAAGAGUUUAGGAAGUUAUUCCUUGCAUUUGUCUUUGGCAGUGAGCAAUGUGGAAAGGAUAAACAUUUUUUGCUUGAGACUGGAGAUAAGAUAAUGGAAAAACUAAAGGGAUCCCCUCUUGCAGCAAAGACCGUUGGUAGAUUAUUGAGUAAAGAUCUUAGUUUGUGUCAUUGGAAAAGGGUCCUAAAAAGCAAAGAAUGGGAGAAGCAGACCGAUGGCAAUGGAAUUAUGCCUGCCUUGAAGCUUAGCUAUGACUUUCUUCCUUUCCAUCUGCAACAAUGUUUUUUCUAUUCUGCAUUGUUUCCUGAAGAUUACCAUUUCAGAAGCCGUGAGCUCAUCAAUCUGUGGAUCGGACUAGAUAUUUUGAUACCUGGUGGUCAAAACCAAACAUGUGAAGAUAUAGGUUUGAGCAAUCUAAAUGCUUUAGUCAUCCAUGGAUUUUUUAGAGAAGAGGAAACUUCUGCUGGUCCGCGUUAUGUUAUGCAUGACCUACUGCAUGAUUUGGCAUUGAAGGUUGCAUCACAUGAUUGUCUUAGUUUACAUCUCCCUAAUGAUGGAUCAGUAGAAGUUCAGCCAUCAAUCCGUCACUUGUCUAUAAGCACAGAGGACUUAGUGAAAUAUGAUGCAGUGUCCAGUGAAAAGUUAAGGAGUGAAUUGGAAGAAAUAAAGACAAGAUUGAAGGUUGAACAUUUGCAUACACUGAUGUUAUUUGGAAAAAUGGAUGAAAGUUUUGCUGAGAUAUUUGGUGAUUUCUUUGGGGAAGCAAACGCUCUUCGUGUUCUUUAUUUGCCCAACAUGAUGUAUCCUGUGCAGUCCAUGUUACAUAACUUUUCAGGACUUGUCCACCUACGAUGCCUAUGUCUAGGGACAAGGGUGAGACAGAUGCAUUUACCAAUUAGCAUCUCCAAAUUCUACCAUUUAAGGAUUCUAGACCUUGUGUCAUGGGAAGGGAGUCGUGAUUUGCCUGAAGACAUGAGCAACCUUGCAAAGUUGUGCCAUAUUCAUAUUCGUUUUCAUCAGCGUCAUUCUGAUAUUUGUAAUGUGGGGAAAUUUAAACUCUUGGAAGAGUUAAAUGUAUUUCGAGUCCAUGAAGAAAGUAAAGGAUUUGAACCAAGUCAACUAGAGCAUUUGACCAAGCUAAGGGAGCUUGGCAUCUACAACCUUGAGAAAAUACAUACAAUAGAAGAAGCAGCUGAAGCAAAACUGAUAGAGAAAAACUACUUGAAGAGGUUAGCAUUGGUUUGGGAUAGUGGGCGCUCUAGUGUUGAGCCUGUUAUGGAAGCAUUGGUUCUUGAGAGCCUUCAACCCCAUGAAGAUAUCCAAGUGUUGUGCAUUAGAGGGCACAGAGGCCCUUCUUGUCCAACAUGGCUGGGUGAUGAGUUUGCUGUUGAAGGUCUACAAUCUCUUUAUCUUUAUGGUGUUUCUUGGGAAAUUUUCCCUUCUUUAGGGAAGGCGUGGGAUCUUCAUGAACUAAGGUUGGUGGAUAUUGCCAGACCGAAGGUGUUUGUUAUAGAGAAAAGCUUUUGCAUGCUAAUAAAGCUUGAACUCAUUGGCCUAGCAAGUUUUGAGAAAUGGGUUCUCCCAGCUGAACAUGCUCAUAUGUUCCCUCUUUUGCAACGGUUGACUAUAAGAAAGUGCCCGAGAUUAUUGGGGUUGCCUUUUUCAAACCACAUUGCUUCCCCAUAUUGGUUUCCCAAACUACAACAUGUUGAUAUACAGGACUGUCCAGAAUUCUCGUCAGUGAUUCCCAUCUCCUGGGUUGAAAGGAUUGAAAGUCUGCGUCUUGUCACGAUUAGAAGCGUCAAGCUACUAAAGUGGUUUCAAUACUCAAAAUCAGCCGAUGGAGUAAAAUUGGCAAUUUUUGGAAAAUGUGAUCUAUAUAGCUUAGAUCAAGUGUUAGUUUUUUAUAAGGAGGCAGGCCUUGAGAAGCUAGCACUCAAGAGGUGCCCACCUCUAGAAUUGAAGCACCUUCUGAUGCUAACCUCGUUGAAGACAUUGUUUGUAGAAGAAUCAGAUGGUCUGGUUGGACCACUAGGUGGCCAGGGUGAUGUGGAAUGGCAGCUCCCUGUUGAGCAUAUCAAGAUCGAGCGCUUAAACGGUAAUAGUGGGAAGGAAUUGACAGAGCUCCUCCCCCAUCUCCCAAGGCUCUCCAAAUUGGAAAUAAAGUUUUGUGGCAACAUAAAACAGCCAGUGCUGCUACAAACAACAGUGAUGGAGAAAGAUGAAAUAACAGCAGCAGAACAGGAAGAGGAUAAUGGGGUGGAUGUGCAACAAACAACAUCAGAAGCAUCAAAGAUGGGAGGAGGUGAAAUAACAGCAGCAACAGAGGAAGAGGAUGAGGAAGAUGAAUUGACGACAUCAGAAGCGGAAGCGGAAGAGGAAGAGGAAGAUGAAUUGACGGCAUCGGGAGAGGAAGAGGAUGAGGAAGAUGAAUUGAAGUCAUCAGAAGAGGAAGAGGAUGAGGAAGAUGAAUUGAAGUCAUCAGAAGAGAAAGAGGAUGAGGAAGAUGAAUUGACGGCAUCAGAAGAGAAAGAGGAUGAUGGGGUGCUGCUCUUCCCAGCUCAUCUCUUUGACUUACUACAGGAGUUGGUCAUCUAUGAUUGCCCAGAGAUGGUCCUGAUGAACCCACCAACUCUUGUUCCUGGAGGAGGAUGGUUCCAAGCCUUGAGAUCUCUCCAGAGAUUAAGUAUACAGCUCUCCCCAAAGUUUCUGUCUGCCUUCUCGUUUUCCCGUCACCUUUUCCCUUCCUCCCUGCAGUUUGUGGCGCUUUGGGGUGUGGAAGACAUGGGGACACUGGAGCCCCUCUCAAACCUCUCCUUUCUUACCAGAUUGGAAUUGAUUGGUUGCGGAAAAGAUCUGAAAUGUCAGGGCUUGCGCUCUCUCCUUACCACCAGGGGCCAGCUCGACGAAUUAAGAGUCUUUGGCAGCACUAUGUUCUUUGCUGGUUGGGAUCCCAAUCCUAGGCGGUCUUUGGGGGGUGUCGAGGGAGAAGAAGAGCAGCAGACACAACUUGUUUCAUCCACACUGCAGAAGCUCAGCACUGAUGACGCAGCGGGACUCCUUGCUGCACCCAUCUGCAGCUUCCUCUCUUCCUCCCUCACCAAGCUGGAACUUCAUGGGGAUGGGUCUGAAGGGAUGAAGUGCUUCAGCAAGGAGCAGGAGGAUGCCCUUCAGCUCCUCUCCUCCCUCCAGCUACUUAAGUUUCAUGGUUUCAACGACCUUCAACAACUCCCCGCAGGGCUGCGCAACAUUACCAGCCUCAAGAUAUUAUCAAUCGAAUUCUGUCGAGCCAUCUCAUCGUUGCCCAAGGAUGGCCUCCCUGAUUCACUCCAAGAGCUACAUGUCAAAUACAGCUGCCUGAAGCUAACACUGCAGUGCAGGGGGUUAGAGGGAAUCAUCCCAGAAAUCGAUAUACGCUGAUCGAAGUAACUGUGCAGGGCAAUGCCUUGGAGUUCCCUUGUACAUUCUCCCAGCCUUGUAGAGCUCUUCCCUUUCCAUACGUACACACUUUGGUCUUGUGGCAGCCGUAUUCCUUCCUGUACAUAAAUCUGGUGUACGUACGAUCUUUUAGGCUUCUUCGUAUUUGCAUUUAAGUUUGUUUUAUUGUCAUUAAUCAAGACGUGGUAGUCUACUUUCCUAUUUUUGGUGUCGCAAUCGAAAUAUCACUACAGUAUCAGGAUUGAAUAAAGGAGACUUUCAAGGUGUUUUAGUGUUUGUUUGGUGGGAUUUUUAGCCACCUGCGUUUAUACUUUGUCCAAAACUCAUGAAGACUUGAUGGUGUACCUGGAAAGUUCAGUUUUAAGGAUCAAAGACCAUCAUAGCAUACUGAUAAGGAUCUUCACAAGAACAACCUGCAUACUGUAGCAGUUCAGGCAUGGAGCCAAUUCAGAUCAUGGGGAUGUUAGAGUUAUAAUAUAAGUCAUGUACCCCUUUGUAUUUAUCCCGUUGUAUAAGGGGUUUCCUGCAUAUGUUCCACACCUGUAUAUGUAUAUAUAUCGGCCUAUGGCCUCAUGGGAAUACAAGUUGCUUAUUCCUAACA